AUGGCUAUCUGGGAUUCCCUCGGCGGCCUUCCUUCCUCUCCGAAGUCGCCAUUCCCGAUCCCUCUCAGCUGCAUCCCCCUAGCUGGUCUCAACCAAGAUACCCUCGACUAUCUGUCGCUCGAGGACACUGCCCUCGAUGAACUCCCUGGGUCCCGGUCUGUUCUUCCCUCGCGCGGCUGGUCCGAUGAUCUUUGUUACGGUGCCGGUACCACCUACCUCGCUGGUCUGACAAUCGGAGGCGCCUGGGGUCUCGCCGAAGGAUUGAACAAAACACCAGUGACCGCACCGCCGAAGAUCCGAUUAAACGGAGUUCUUAAUUCCAUUACUCGUCGCGGUCCUUUCCUUGGUAACUCCGCUGGUGUCAUCGCUAUGGUUUACAACGGAUUUAACUCAGCUAUUGGAUACGCACGCGGCAAGCACGAUGCGACAAAUAGCAUUGUUGCCGGUGCGCUUAGCGGAAUGAUUUUCAAGAGUACACGUGGAAUCAAGCCAAUGAUGAUCUCCGGUGGUAUUGUGGCUUCCGUCGCGGGUGCUUGGGCCGUGACGAGAAAGGCCUUAUUCUAA